AUGACCAGUUCCGAGUCACAUCCAGAUGCCGAUCUCUAUCCUCACGCCACUGGCUUUGCUGCCCAGAUGGUGAGAGAGCACUCCAAAGAAGAGCGAGCCAAGCUCUAUGCUGGAUGGUUUUGUCCCUUCGUCCAACGAGUUCUCCUCAUCCUUCUAGAAAAGAACAUUCCCUUCCAAUACAUAGAAGUCAACCCCUACCACAAACCCCAAUCUCUCCUCAAACUCAAUCCCCGAGGACUGAUUCCCACCCUGGAGUAUGAGGGCAAAGCUCUAUAUGAAAGUAUCAUUAUUUGCGAGUUCCUCGAAGAUGCAUAUCCAUCUCAUUGGCCGCGUUUACUUACUCGAGAACCAUUCGAAAGAGCUCGUUUGAGAAUCUGGAUUGAUCACACUUCUUCCCGCAUCAUCCCCUCUUUUCACCGAUUCCUUCAAUAUCAACCAGUGUCCCCUCAAGACCCCAAAAUACUCACUCUCCGCACCGCAUUUCUCACAUCCAUUUAUGAAUUCACCCAGGAAAUGGACCCCAUCGGCCCAUAUUUCACAGGCCGAACCCCUUGUCUUGUGGAUUAUAUCCUAGCACCUUGGGCCCUCCGUAUUUGGGUCUUCGAUUAUUUCAAAGGCGGUCUUCAUAUCGAGGAAUUAGGCGAUAUGAGAGAGAGGUGGGAAGUCUGGGUAGAUGCUAUUGAGGAAAGAAAGAGUAUUAAGAUGAGUUUAAGUGACACGGAAUUCUAUUUGCCGAUUUAUCAGAGGUAUGCGGAUGAAGGGGCGCCGUCGGAAUUGGGGAAGGCGAUGAGGGAGGGAGCUAGUGUCCCUGAAUGA